UGAAUGGGGGAGGUGGGGAGGGAGUGAGCUGCUGCUGGUUCCCAAUGUCCUGCUGGUGGAGAGGAGCUCUGUGAGCUCUGUGUGUCCCCACGCUACCUCCUCUCCAUGAGCUCCAGGGGUACCUGAGGAGCUGGAUGCCCCUAGUGUAGCUUUGGCACAGCCACCCCAUGCCCAGCCCGGCCAGCCAAACUCUCACCUUGUUGCAGAGACCACCGUGGCUCCAGCUGCUCCAGCAUCCUCUGGUCAUGCAACUGUUGCUCUGACGGUGUCCCCGGGUGUGGGGACGCACACUGUGGUCCCAGUGCCUGCUGCUGCCACACCACCUGGAGGGCUGUGUGCUCAGCCCUGCCCAGAGGAGCCCCCUGUGAACUUCACCUUAAGGCUGCUGGAUGGGGACCUCGGUGCCACGAAGAGGCCGUUGGUGCUCAGCCGCGGUGCUGUGCUGCACCUGGAGGCCAGGGUGGAUGCCAGCCCCGAUGUGUCCCCCAGGAUCUCCAUGGAGCAGUGCUAUGGGACGGGAUCGGGGCAGCGGGCUCACCCCUGGAAGAGCUACAUGGUGGUGAACAGCCAUGGGUGCCUGCAUGGCUCAGGGCUGGGCAGUGUGUCCGUCCAGCAGCAGAGAGGGAUGUCUGUCCUCCAGCUCUCCAUCCUGGCCCCUGUGCUGGAGGCUGAGCCUGAGGAGGAGGUUUAUGUGCACUGCCUGCUGUCAGCAUGGGGUGCCAGGAGGCAUGGCCCAAUGUCCUGCUUCUACAAUGACACCGCGGCCAGGUGGCACAACGCAGAGGACCCCUCCCAGAGCGCCCUAUGUGACUGCUGUGACACUCAGUGUCCCCCCGCUGACACCGGGCUUGGGGAGCAGCCAGGCUUCCCUGGAGAAGGGAUGCUCCACUGGGAGACAGCGGGCCCACUGCUGGUGCGGGAGCUGGAGCCGUGGUUCGAAGCGCCGUGCCGCACGGUGAAGAAGCUGCUGCUGGUUGGGCUGGCCCUGGUGGGCAGUGCCGUGGUGGUGGCCAUCAUCGUGGGCAGCGUGCUGGGGUUGGGCCUGGCGGCGUGGCGGCUGCGGGGGGCACGGCGUGGCCGGCGGCCCCCGAGGAGGCAGUGUCCCUUCCAGGCUGAGCUGCAGGCCGUGGUGGGGGCUCUGGUCCCCCGGGAGGCGGAGAAACGUGGGGAGAGCGGGACGGAGUACCACAGCCUGGAGAUGGGAGCAGUGUGA